AUGAAUGCUGGUAGCACUAAGCGGUACCAGCAGCUCAUUCAAGUUGCACAGGUAGUCCAGCUCUUUCAGAAUGGCACAUUUCCUGUGUCUCCUGGCAUGGUCUUAAGAUUGUGGAGAAGAUACCAGGAGACAGGCUUUUUUGAGCGAAAGGUGAUCAGCUACCUUUGAAAAUGGCUUGAAGUGCCUCGUAGCCUGAGCAACAUCAAGCUGUAUGGAAACAGCAACAAACUCAGACUUCCUUUCAGCUCAGUCAGGGAGGAAUUCAUCGUUGCAAGCACAUUGGAACAUCAGUACACCAAAUCCAGAGACAGCAAAGUGUCCGGGGCAGGGAUUAUCGUGAGGACGGGGAGGAAAUGGAGGGUUGCAGAAGCAGUGCAACAGGCCGAUUCCCGGCUACAGCACAGAGCCAUCAUUGAGACUGUGGCGCAAGGUAGAGCUGGAAUUGGAAGCCAGACAACACCAUUAUAUGGCUCUGCCAGCUGGAAGGAGAGUCAGAAGCUGGUGCUGGAGGAAGUCCGUGCUUCUGUGAAAGAGGAGCAAACAAGCAGAGCUGUGGCAAUGCGACAACAGGGUGCCUGGACGAAGUGGGAACAGGCAAUGGAGUGCAACAUCACGUGGAAGGACAUCUGGAAGUGGAACCCCCAAAGGAUCAAAUUUUUGAUCCAGGGGGUCUAUGACGUCCUGCCCAGCCCUUACUACCUGUUCACAUGGGGCAAAGCAGAAAAACCAGCAUGUCUCCUGGGUUCCAAAACAGGGACACUGGAACACAUCCUGAGCAGCUGUGCAAAAGCACUGAGUGAUGCUUGCUAUCGCUGGAGGCAUAACCAGGUCCGAAAGUCCAUCACCAAGGCAGUUGGCAAGGGGAUCUUUCCCCGUGACAGGAUCAAGGACAGCAAAUUCAGCCAAGUUCCACCUAAGGCAAUAUGCUUUCUCAAGGAAGGCCAGAUCCCCAAGAAGAAAGCCAAGAACCCCUCUAUCAGUAUGCUAGCGUCAGCCCAGGACUGGACAAUGUCAGUUGACCUAGAGAAGCAACUGAGGCCACAUCUCGGAGGCCACAAAGCAGCUAAUUAUGAUGGAGCUGACUGUGCCCUGGGAGGAGAGAAUGGAAGAAGCCCAGAGUGGAAGAGGGGAAAAUACCAAGACCUGGUGGAGGGCUGCUGGACCAAUGAAUGA